AUUCUUCGAUUUUUUCUUUCAAUUUUGUUUGACAUCACCGCCGGCGGCCCUUCUAACGUGCUUGCAUCGAAAAAAUACAACAAACACGUGUUUCAGCUUGAAUUUCAUUCAAAUUAAACUUUCAUAUUGUUUAAUUUCCAUCUAAAAAUAAAAAAACACCAAACACACACAACAUGACUGACGUUGCAGACAAACCCCAAGAAGUUCCAGUUGAAGAAACUGUCAAAGAACCAACUUCUGAAGAAGAAUCCGCCACCAACGAGGCCAAAAAAGAACUCUCCGCCGAAUCUUCACCCGAAAAAGAAGCCACCAACGGCAACAACGCAUCCACGUUGGAGGGAAAAAUCAUCCGCCAAGUAGAAUACUACUUCGGUGAUGCCAAUUUACAUCGCGACAAAUUCCUUCUCGAGCAGAUCUCGAAGAACGAAGACGGUUGGGUGCCAUUCGAUGUUUUGUUGACUUUCAAGCGAUUGGCAGCUCUGACAACCGAUAUCGAUGUUAUUGUCGAUGCUCUGCAUAAAUCCGAUGAAGGACUUGUCGAGAUUAGCGAGGACAAGAAGAAUAUCCGUCGCCAUCCGGAGCGACCAAUUCCAGAGCAUAACGAAGAGAAGCGUAAGGAAAUAAUGGACCGCACUGUUUAUGCUAAAGGUUUCCCGGUGGACAUUGAAAUGGCUGAUAUUUUGGAAUUCUUUAGUCCGUUCGAGAAAGUAGCAAACAUUUCGAUGAGAAAGUAUUUGGAUAAACCAUCCAAGACGUACAAAUUCAAGGGCAGUGUAUUCGUUACAUUUGUCAAGAAGGAACAAGCUGAAGAGUUUAUCACCAAGGAAAAGGUUCAAUUCAAAGAAAAUGACCUCAUUCGAAAAUGGCAAGAAGUCUAUUACGAAGAGAAGAAGGAGGAACGCAACAAGUCCAAGAAAGGCAAAAAAGAGAAAAAAGAAGAAGACAAAUUCCAACUGCCAAAGGGAACAGUGCUUUUCUUCGAAGGUGCUACCGAUGCUACAACUCGCGAACUCAUUCGAUCAGCCCUCGAAGCUCUCGAAGCCGAUGUUGCUUAUAUUGAUUACAGUAAAGCCGAUAAAGAAGGACACAUUCGUCUACACAGUGAGAAUUCAGCAGCAGCUUUCCUUGAAAAGGUCGAAGACAAGAAGCUGAAGUUAUCCGACUCAACUGAACUAACACUUCGCACCUUGACUGAGGAAGAGGAAAAAGAAUUCCUUGCUAAAGCUAUUGACCAAAUGAAAUCUCGAAGGAAUACACAAAGUCGACACAAAGGAGGUUUCAAUCGUAAGCGUCGUGGUGGAAACGAACGUGAUGAACCCAGACAUAAGAAAAAUAAGGAUUAAAUAUCGAGUUUAAUUUUU